AUGAUGCAAAUGGUUAACAUAUUUGGCUAUAAGUCCAGAGACACAGAGGUGCCGAUCUUUGUGAAGACCCUAACUAGCAAGACCAUCACUCUUCAGGUCAAGGCUACCAUCAAAAAUGUCAAAGUCAAAAUCCAAGACAAGGAGGGCAUCCCUCCUGACCAGCAGUGUCUAAUAUUUGAGUACAAACAGUUAAAGGAUGGCCGUUCACUCUCAGACUACAACAUCCAGAAAGAGUCCACCCCGCAUCUGGUGCUGCAUCUGCAUGGUGGUGGCAUUAUUGAGCCUUCCUUGCGCCAGCUCGUCCAGAAGUACAACUGCGACAAGAUGAUCUGCUGUGAGUGUAAUUCUCGCCUGCACCCCUGUGCUGCCAAUUGCCACAAUAAGCGUGGGUACUCCAACAACCUGCGCCCCAAGAAGAAGGACGAAUAA